AGAUUUGAUCAGAGAAUGGCUUACUUAUAUGGAUUGAAUAUCUUGCUGUCUUGGUCCGUGCAAACAGUAUAUGACCGUGGUUGUUUGCAGUUUAAUGCUCGGUCUGAAUCAAUAAAGGAGAAGGCUUCAUUUCGCCGCCUUGUCCCGAAGAAUAGGUGCCUGGUGGCAGUUGAGGGAAUAGCAGAAUUUGUCCCAAUUGCAAUGUCAAUGGUUCUCAGUGAUGCUAUAUUCUUCAGAUUUUAUGAGUGGAAAAAGGAUGGAUCGAAAAAGCAACCUUAUUACAUACAUUUUAAGGAUGCUCGGCCCCUGGUGUUUGCUGCCCUUUUUGACUCUUGGAAGAAUCCUGAAGGAGAGGUUCUUUAUACAUUCACUAUAUUGACAACUUCGGUGUCUUCAUCUUUAGAAUGGCUCCAUGACAGGAUGCCUGUCAUUUUCGGAAACAAGGAUGCGGCUGAUAUGUGGUUAAGUAGUUCUCCGUCAUCCAACAUUGACAUGCUAUUGAAACCAUAUGAAGAGUCAGAUUUGGCUUGGUACCCUGUGACACCUGCAAUGGGUAAGACUUCUUUUGAUGGACCGGAGUGCAUCAAAGAGUUGCAACUCAAGGCUACUGAGACCAGAUCGAUAUCACAAUUUUUCUCAAAGAAAGGAGAAAAAGACCUAAAGGAGCAGAAGCCUCAUAUCAAAGCAGAGGAAGAGUCCUUGAAUACUGAUCAGGCAGAGAGCUUGAAGCAGGAACCUGAAUCAGACCAUGUAGGCGAUCAGCGUUCCCCAGACAAACCGGAGGUUUUUGCUUCUGCUGGGACCACAGACAUAAAAGUUGAGCAAGACUUUGAUGAGUCAGGUUGUAAACAGUCAUUGACUGGUCAAACCGGAAAUCCACCUGGAAAAGUAGGUAGUGUUGCCAGUGAUAAGGCGAAAGGCUUGAAAGAGGAGUCUGAGGAUAUUAAACCAAAUGUUUCUGUUCUGCCCCAGGAGGGAAGUGGGGAUUCUGGAACCAAGAGAGACUAUGAGGAGCUCUCAGGUAAUGCAAGGCCUCUUGCUAAGGGGGCUAACAAGCACGUAAGCCCAUCUCAAAAAAAAGCUAAAGGGGCUGGUGACAAACAGCCUACUCUGUUUUCUUUCUUUGGGAAAGGUUAGUUGCAUGACAUGCAACGCUUAGGAAUGUACUGUAUAUAGUGAAGUUGGUAUUUCUGUUGCUAAAAAAACAAAUGUUGGUAGCUUAGGAUUUUGUUUGAGGAUCAGCACACAUCCUUGGCUUCUAGGCUUGUUUUGCAGAUUUAUGUUGGAAUAAUUUUCUUACUCGGACUCAGCUUCAGACAGUUGUGAAGUGAUGGAAAUGGUUGUUUAAUGUAUUUUGGCCAAUACUGUUGUUCCGACGGGACUUGAAUUUUGAUUUUGAAAAUUUGUGCAGUGGCCUCCUUUUA